AUGAGCUUUAGAUAUUUGAAAUCGGUGAACAAAAUUGUGUGUAUUGGUCGUAAUUAUGCUGCACAUAUUAAAGAAUUGAACAAUGCGGUUCCUAAACAUCCAUUCUUCUUUGAAAAACCAACAACUUCGUUGAUUACACCAUUAUCCAGCGGUAAUAAGCAUAUAGGUCAAGGUGAAGCUACGUUCAGUAAAUUGAAAGAAGAUGGAACCAAUCCAUCACCUAUCUACAUUCCAAAAAAUGUCAAUGUUCAUCAUGAAAUUGAAUUAGGUUUGGUAAUGAAAAAUACUAUAUCUAAUAUAUCGGUUGACAAUUUUGGUUUGCAGGAUAUGUUAGACAAUGUUGCUGGUUUCUGUUUAGCAUUAGAUCUUACUGGUAGAAACGUCCAAUCAGAUGCUAAGAAAAAGGGACUUCCAUGGUUUUUUGCGAAAGGUUAUGAUACAUUUUGUCCUGUAUCACAAAUGCUAACACCUGAACAGAUCCCUGGUUUCAGAAAUACUCCAUUGGACCAGAUUCAUUCAAAGUUCCAAUUGAAAUGUUAUGUGAAUGAUGAAUUAAGACAAGAUGGUCAUUUGGACUUAAUGUUGAACCCUAUGCACAAGAUCGUAGGUCAUAUUGCAGAAGCUGUGACACUAGAAGCAGGUGAUUUGGUAUUAACAGGGACUCCAGCCGGCGUAGGUCAAUUACAAACCGGUGAUGUAAUUCGUGGACAAUUAUUCUUCGGCGAGAACUUACUUGUAGAUAUGUCAUUUGACUGUCAAGACCGUCCUGGUAACUACGAAUAUAAAUCUUCAUAA